GCUGUGGCUCAUCAAGCCGAAGUGGCCGCCUGACGACCCCAGACGGCGCCGACGAUGCCCUGAUGGCGGGAUGGUUCAAGGUUACAGGAACCUGCAUGCCAUCGCGUGGAAGUGCGACUGCAGCGCGCGAACAGCGGAGAGGUACUCUCCGACGAGCAAGAAAUAUCAUCGCGGACAGAUCGAGAGGCGUUUUAGUUACAUGUCGAUCGCGGGGCCCGGGGGGCAGGAGUUCGAGGAGUUCGCGGCCAUGGCUGGUGUCGUUGACGAUCAAAGUGAGUGCGACGACGACGAGAUCGCUCGCUUGGACACGACGCGCACGAGCACCAUGCACGGCGACGAGCGGCUGGUGCGGUAUUCGGCGAUGCUGAACGAGAAGUAUGAAUUGUGCAUCGAGUCUCACCAAUGCAAGGUGAAGCAUCGGUUUGGCGGGAGGGAACGCAAGGAGGCGAAGUUCAGAGAUGCACUGCCGAUCGGCAUCGGUGGAGAGAAUGGCGAGAUCAGUUCGAAUCGAAUCCCGGGGCCACCCUCGAAGAUGCUGCUGUCGCUCAAGACGCAGAAGGCGCUGGGCAUGGUCGUCGACCUCGUCGAGGGAGGCGGCGGAAUUCGGGAAGCUCGGCCCCAGUGGGGCAGCGGAGUGAAACUGCGGAGGGCGAGCGAGGGGCGCUGGGGCGCGAAGAUCACUGACUUCGCACGCUUGGGCAUUGACCAGCCGGAGCGGCUGGAUAAGGAUACCGUCGCGGUACUGAGUGCGGACGCCGUGGUUUAUGAGGCCGUGGAGGACGUCGAGAGGAAGGCAUCAGUUGGCAAUUUGCCCAUCCACGAGGGGCGCGUGAUCAGGAAGGCCCGGAGUUGUCUCAGGCCUGGCCAGACCUUCGUCAAGGACUUGUUAUGUGGGAUGCUGGGAGCCACGUGGCACGCUGCCACGGUCAUGGAUAUGCCCGUGUCUCAGCCGGACGACAUCCUGGACGGCUUCGACUACCUCGGCCCGUCGAACCAGGAGCGGGUGUUCGAGCAGUUAGACCCCGCGCUGGAGGGAGCUCCGAUGGACCCGGAGAUGGAUUUCGUCCGGAGAGAUUCGUUCCUGUGGAACUUCAGGGGCACCGAGGGGCGACGGCCUUUCCUGAGGCCGAGUGGGCACCGCGAGGUGAACGAGGGCGCGCUCGCGGAGAGGGCCAUGCGGAGGUGCGAUGCACGACGUGGGUGCGAAAUGCUUGAGGGGCACAGUGCAAACGGAGCUCAGAGUGAGCAGGCAGGACGGUGCCCGUUGGAGCUGGCAGAGGACAUCUCGCUGGGCGCGCGCGAGGAGCCACUCGAAAGGCACCCCGAGCAGCUCGCGUUUCCAGCGGAGGUCCAGGAGCUCCACGACGAGGUCCGCAUGAGGCCGCUGCGCGGGGGCUCCGCCAGUGUCGACGCGGCCUACGAGUGCGCCGACGAGCCUGGAAGCUACAUUCUCGUGGCUCACAAUACGUGGAUGGACACCAAGUCCGACCCGAGGAGUCUCUCCCAAGAGACGCAAGCACGACUGACAGGAGAUCGCGAGACUGUGGGCAUCGACGACAACGGACAGAGCAUCCACGAGCAGGACGAAUGGAAGAUCAACCCUGCUCCGCCCGUGUCGCGCUGGCACGGCAAAACCAUUUUGCACCGUGCGCCGAAUGAGUCUGGCGAGGACGAGCGGUUGCUACGGCACGGUCGAGCCACGCCCAAGGCCGUUAAGGCUUGCGGGCGUUUGUGGUGCAGCGCGCGCGACAGUAUGGCGAGACCAACUACGUCCAGACCUGCCAAGUUGCCGGUGACGCCGCGCGAGUUCAAUUAUCUCAUCGAGAUCGAUGUUCUCGAGCAGUACACG